AUGACUAAACAGGAAGACCUGUGUGAGCUGGAAAUUGGGCAAGGGACAUGGGAAGAGGAGAAAAAAUUCAGGGCUUUUGUAGACUUUUUUGGAAGUACUGGUCAUCUUCAUAAUACAGCUCUUGAAAAUAACGAAGUGCUGAAUGGAAACAAUUACGAUGUUCCUGGUUACACAUCGUUCUGGAAUGAUUGCAUCUCCUCAGGUUUGCGUGGCUGUAUGUUAAUCGAAUUGGCAUUGCGAGGGCGUCUUCAGCUAGAGGCUUGUGGGAUGAGGCGCAAAAGUCUGUUAGCAAGAAAGGUGAUUUGCAAGUCAGAUGCUCCUACAGGAGAUGUUCUGCUUGAUGAAGCUCUGAAACACAUAAGAGAAACCCAACCUCCUGAAACAGUACAAAAUUGGAUUGAGCUGCUUAGUGGUGAAACAUGGAACCCAUUGAAGUUGCACUACCAGCUACGAAACGUUCGUGAACGGUUAGCUAAAAAUCUAGUGGAAAAAGGUGUACUGACAACAGAGAAACAGAACUUCCUUCUUUUUGACAUGACUACUCACCCUCUCACCAACAACAAUAUCAAACAGCGUCUCAUCAAGAAGGUUCAAGAAGCAGUUCUUGACAAAUGGGUGAAUGACCCUCAUCGCAUGGACAAGCGCUUGCUGGCACUUGUUUAUUUAGCUCAUGCUUCAGAUGUUCUGGAGAACGCUUUUGCCCCCCUUCUGGAUGAGCAGUAUGAUUUAGCCACAAAGAGAGUGCGGCAGCUUCUGGAUUUAGACCCUGAGGUUGAAUGUAUGAAAGCCAACACAAAUGAGGUUCUGUGGGCUGUUGUAGCAGCUUUCACAAAAUAACUGCAUUCAGACUGAAGUGUUCUCUCUUCUUUCAUGUAAACCAGUUGUUUCUCUUCUAUUGACUAUUCAUGUUUUCUGUAAUUUGUACCUUCUCACAUGAUGAAUCAGCUCUAGUUUAAUGGGAACUAUAAGUGGUGUAUUCCCUCCUUCUCUGUGUAGCUGUAUACAGGAUUCUGCUGGUACAAGAGACCUUCCUGUUUAAAAACAACAGAAAAAGGUUUUCCUGCCAUAUUGGCAUUCCAUUUCGUAUUCAGUUUGAGUUACCUGAAAUACUAUGUUUAAUCUGUUUUUCAUCUUAUUGUUAUUGAAGUGAUUUAACAUGGAAAGCACCUCAAGGAGGAAAUGUGCAUGCAGUUGGAUCACUAGUCUCAGCUGACACAGAUGUGUGCAUGCAUCAAUACUUCUGCAGAACGAUUAAAAAGGGCCUUUUUAAAUCACCAAAGCUCCAUGUUGAUGUGUCUAUCAGGACAUUUUAUAUGCAGAUGUUGUUUCAAUUAUAUCUAACAAAAUUACUUUAAAAGCAGAAAUGCCAUUAAGCAGCUUUGUCAAUAGUUCCUGUAAAAUGCCCCACAAAUUUUACUUUUCAUGCAAGUCUCUUGUGUACUUAUAUUUUCAUUAGGAUGAUAGCUGAGUCAUAAGGCUAGUAUAGAAAGGUCCAAUUGUUUCAUAAACAGUUUGGGGAUGGGAUACAUUCCAUUAUAUUGUAUAUAUAGUUCAAAUUGUAUAUUAACAACUGCCCCAUCUUAGUAUUUUGCAAGAUCUACUUAGUUGUACACCUGGUGCCCCUUAUUUGCUGUCAUCCGUUGCCAUUUGCUGGAAAGAAAGGCCCCCUGUAAAGAGCAUGUAUGUGAAAGCUGUUUGUUUCCAGUGUCUACGGAGUUUGCCAUCCAGGUAUUCUCAGUCUAUGCAUUGCCUUUGGUAAUU